GGACAAGGUAACAGCUGCACUGUUCAUGGGGAGCAGUGGAAACCCCACCCUCUCCUUCCCCUCUCCCCGCUCUCCAAAUCCUCUCGCCCUCUUCGCCUCCUCUUCUUCUUCGGCUCUCUCUUCUUCUUCUUCGUAUUCUCCGAUCGCAGAGCUCGGUGGGGCACGGGGCGACGGAUCUCGUUCGCCUCCGUGACGGGAUUCGAGAUGGGAGCGAGAGGGUGUUAGGCUGGUAGAUCUGUGUUCUUCUCUGCGUGGUUCGGAUCGCGGUGAGGUGUUUGAUUCCUUGGCACCGAGAGCGAUUAGGGUUAGAGCCUGCAGGUUGGCUUUGGGUGGAGAGAUAUGCCGGCUCCGGGUUUCUCUUCCUCCAAGUCGGAGAGGAAAGGGGAUACCAAUAAACAGCAGCAGCAGAGAAGGGAUCCGUAUGAAGUUCUUGGUGUCCCUCGCAAUGCCACGGAGCAGGAAAUCAAGAGUGCGUACAGGAGAAUGGCUCUCAAGUAUCAUCCUGACAAAAAUGCAAAUGAUCCUAUAGCAGCUGAUGUUUUUAAGGAGGUCACCUUCUCAUACAAUAUCUUGUCUGAUCCAGAUAAACGGCGCCAAUAUGAUACAUCAGGUUUUGAGGCUAUUGAAUCAGAUAGCCAAGAAUUGGAGCUUGAUCUUUCAAGUCUUGGUACUGUAAAUACAAUGUUUGCUGCACUUUUUAGUAAACUUGGAGUCCCGAUUAAGACAACUGUAUCUGCAACUGUUUUGGAGGAGGCGCUUAAUGGCUCAGUAAUCAUUCGUUCACUUCCUUUGGGUCAGUCGAUUGCUAGAAAGGUAGAAAAGCAGUCUGCUCACUUUUACACAGUAGAAAUAACAGAGAGGGAAGCCCAGAUGGGAGUGGUUUGUCGUGUUUAUUCAGCUGAAAAAAGCAAAUUCAAGCUAUUGUACUUUGAGCAGGAAGAAAAUGGUGGACUCAGUCUUGCAUUACAAGAAGACAGCACUAAAACCGGAAGGGUUACUUCUGCUGGAAUGUUCUUUCUUUGCUUUCCUGUGUAUCGGUUUGAUCAAAGCCAUUCGAUAGCGAUUGCUAAAGAUCCUGAUGCUAAAUUCUUCAAGAAAUUGGAUGGGUUUCAAGCAUGUGAAGUAAAUGAACUGAAAGCAGGCACCCAUGUAUUUGCUGUCUACGGUGACAACUUCUUCAAAAGUGUAAACUACACAAUAGAAGUUAUGUGUGCCGAACAGUUUUCAGCGGAAAAGGAGAAACUGCGUGAUGUGGAGGCAAAGAUAUUAACCAAAAGGGCUGAGUUGUCUAAGUUUGAGACAGAAUAUAGAGAGGUGUUGGCCCGAUUCACAGAGAUGACCAACAAGUAUGCACAGGAAAUGCAAGCAAUCGAUGAGCUGCUCAAGGAAAGGAACACUAUUCAUGCCUCCUACACCACCAUUUCACCUUUAAAAAGAAACUCAAGUAGCAGCAAGAUCAGCAGUCCCUUCAAUGGGUCCAAAAGUGACGAAGAGUGCCCAACGAUAGAAAAGAAGCCAAAGGAUGAAAAGAAGUCUAGGGACCGGAUAAGGCGGAAGAAAUGGUUUAAGAUUCACUUGAAGGUGGACAAAAGGAAGGCGUGUUGAUUACAUGGUUUUAUCCUUCAGAGUAUCCCAAACAUUCUCGAGGAUCCGUACCAGAAGCCUCCCAAAAACAUAUUUUGUUCUAAUCUUAUUUCUCUUUUGCUCUCUCAUCAUUUGUUUGCCCACAGAUUAUCAAUGUUCAAACAGCCAAGUAUCCAAGCAAUCUAGAUUAAUGUUCAUGAUUA